CAGCCAUUUCGAGCUCAGUCGUCGAGCCAUACUCGUUGAUUGAACUUUAUAUUUUUAUCCUUUUCACUUUUAGUAGUGUUCUCUCUCUAGCAACAUGGCAGACAUCUCAAAGGAAGAUCUUCGUAAAGAAAUUGCCGCUAUCCUCAAAGAUGCCGAUUUAUCAUCUACAUCUGCCAAGAAGGUUAGACAAGAACUCGAAGAAAAAUUAAGUGCAAAUUUGCAAUCGAGAAAGAAGGAGAUUGAUGACUUAGUCAUGGAAUUUGUUAGCUCGAAACAAGAAAAGAAGGGUAAGGGAAAGAAGGGAGAUUCUGAAGAAGAAGACGAGGAGGAGGAAGAAGAAGAAGACGAAGAGGAGGAAGAAGAGGAACCCUCUGAGGACGAAAAGAAAAAGAAACGUGGCUCAACUGGGAAAAAACCAGCUGCAAAAAAAGCCAAGAAAGGAUCAGAUGACGAAUCUGUUAGUGAACAGAGUGAUGGAGAUUCUGAAGAAGAAUAUUCGCCUAAAAAGUCCAAACCAAUCAAGACUCGCAAAUUACCUCCCAAGAAGAAGAAGGGCUCCGAAUCAGAUUCUGAUGAAGAUUGGGGCAAAAAGAAGGGCAAAAAAGGUGGCGGUGGCGGAAAGAAAGGUGGAAGCGGUUACACAAAAGUAAUGACUCUAUCUCCCGAACUUGCAGCUUUAGUUGGUCAAGAAUCAAUGGCUCGACAUGAAGUAGUGAAGAAAGUUUGGGCGAUAAUCAAAGAAAAAGAUUUAUAUGACCCUAAAAAUAAGCAGUACGCUAUUUGUGACGACGCGUUGAUGAAAGUAAUCGGAACGAAACGUUUUCGCACUUUUGGUAUGAUGAAAUACCUGAAAAAUCAUUUUAUUAGCUAAACGAUUUUCAUAAUACGCCGAUUAGCGUCCACACUAUUAAUUUUUCUUAUAUAAAUAUAUAUAUAAUACUCUCGUUGAGUAAAAUUAUUCAAAAGUAGUUUGGUGUUUGUAUUUUGUGCGCGUUAGUCGGCGAGUUUCAAAUAUAAAUGUUGAAAAUAGAAUUAAAAAUAUUUUUAUUAUAAGCCCCGUUUAGAACUGAUUUAGUUUUUAGGUUUUAAUAUUCACAAAAAAUUUUUUAUAUACAAAUAUUUGUUACAGUUAAAACGUAUUUUUCGUUAGAACUAGUUUUUCCUAGUUAAAACUAGUUUUUUAGUUUUGUUAGUUUGUUAAAACUAGUUAUAAUUUUAUAUAUUCAGUACAACAUCGUAAAUCCGGAAUUGUUGGGAAAACAUUGAUUCCGGAUUUUAGAUUUUUUGUUAGGGUUGUAAGUUAAGAAACUAAUUUUACCCUUAAAUCCAACAACAGAUUCGUCUACAAUACCUCUCUUGAUGGAACAAAAUGUUCUUUGAAUUGUUUUUCCAAAUAAUCUAAAUAGUGAAUGACUUUCUGUGUUCGAUUUCUAAGAGUUUGGUCAUUUGGAUCGUUAUCAUUUAAGUGUAUCAUCCAAAAAAUUUGUAAAAAUCGUUCUCUUCUAAAUAUGCUACUAAAAAAAGGUAUUUUGGCGUUAAACUGUUGUGACCAAUACUCUUGGAUAUUAGAUACGGUUAUCGUACCCAUAUUUAGGAUAACACUAAUAAAUGCGGUAAACUCUUCUACUGUAACAUCUAUCCACGUAUGCCAUGUAGAACGUUUUGACAACCUCUUCUGUGCAAUUUUAUGUCUAGCGUAGUUAUUUGUUUGUUCCACUAUUUUUAUUAUUAGCUCAUUAGUAAAAAAGAGCUUGAAAAAAUCUAUGGGUUUUAUACAAGUAGCUGGUAUUUGUGGUCCUACCAUUUUAUCCCCAGAAGUAAAUAGAAUCUUGUCUGGUACUGGACUAAAAAUAUUUCCACAGUUGACACCUCACUUACCGUUUACAAUAAACAUGAUUCAGAUUCUGCAUUAUAUGUAUUAUCCGUUGCAUUUUCAAGAUCAUCUCUAUCUCUUAUAUCCUCAAAAACAUCUCGAGGCAAAGUCGCGAAGUCAUAAGCCCUACUCGUGGUUCUACACCAAACAUUGCUUUGUAUGGUGAAUGUUUAAUACCAGAAUGAAGUGCCCGAUUUUUCAUAAACUGUACAAACUGAAUAUCAAUUUACCAAUUUAUGGUAUCCAUCAUCAUCGUUAGCCCUUUCAACAGAUCUUUGGCUGUGUCUUUGCUUUCUAUGGACCAGUUUACACUUGAGCCAAAAUGAAGCAAGCUCUGCUCUGCUGUUAUCGGAAUGUAAGAUGCAAGGGUCAUCAAAUUUCAAUCAGUUGAUACGCCACCUCGACGGCUAUCUUACUUUUCAGUGCACAUAAUAAAAUAAUUUUGUCAUAUGAUCCUAGUACACCAUUAUAAACUUUAAUCCUUGAUCUUUUGAUCUUUUUGUGUUUGCAUGACUAUAUGAUCAAAGUUCUUUUUUCUUAAUACUAUGAGGCCCGUUUUUUUCAACCUCCUAUCCCUCCAUGCAAACGCUAUGCGGGCAGAAGUAAUCCCGAAUCACUAAUAACUUCUUUGAAAACUCCUCAUUAUACGUGCUUAUCGAACUAAAAAUAAAGUGAACGGCUCUGUUUGCUCGCACUUAUUGAAUCGGAUUAUGUCUGGCGACCAAUCAGAAUGAAGUACUAUAAUCAGGUGAUACAGUUUUAACCGACCCUCUUCGGACUAACGCGUUUUGUCUAGUAAAAACUAGUUUUAACUGAUAUUCGAUUUGAGCAUUAGUUAAUUCUAGUUUUAACAAAGGCAUACAUUAAAAACUAGUUCUAUCUAACAACUAGUUUUAACUGUAACAUAUAUAUAAACGCUACUGUGUAUCGAACUUACCAUAACUUGCGUUGUAUAAUUUUUGCACUUGUAAAUGUUUUGUCAAAAAAUUUGUAUGAAGUAUGUGCAGAUUUUUAUUGAAUAAAAUCCAAAAAUAG